AGCAGCAACAUCCGCGAGGGAGCAGCAGCGCCAUGGGGCAAUCAGUUGCCGGAUAUGCUAGUCGCUUACUAUCGCCACCAUGGCGUUCACAGUCUGAUGCUGGUCGUUUGUCACACGGACAUUGGUGAAUUAAACCCUCCUUGCAUGCAAUGUGCUUUCUUUUCGUGUUUUUCGUGGAAAUUUAUGUCCUUGUUGAUUCCCCUUGCAGCUGAUGCACGUCUUCGGAUGCUUUGGCAGCACUUUAACCUCAACAACAUCUAUGUGCAGGUCAGUACGGAGCAAACGCUGCGGGACCUUCGGCAUGUCGUUGCUCUGGACGAGCUAAGGGAGGCCCCACCGCCGCAGAGUUUCAACGCCAACAACUCUAGCCACUGGCAGACAUCGUUCCAGCUCCCAAUGCUGCCCUAUAAGCUGGGCAUCCUCCUCCUCGAAUUCAGCAGUUCGUGUGCUCAGAAUCUGCUACGUUGGUCUGCCGCCACGGAGCACAACUACUUCACCACGAAUCGUUUCUGGUUGCUGCUCACCGAGGAUCUCGGGGACAUUGAUCUGCUGCACGAUGCCGAAAUAUUUAUCCCGCCCGACAGCGAGCUGCGCGUGCUCCACUACAGCCAAGAGGAGAGUAACUUUUCAGCCAGCCUUAUAGACCUUUACAAAGUGGCUGCCUGGAAGCCACCGAAGCAAACGCUGGUGGGUCAACAUCUGCGUAGUGCGCGGCACAUCAGCCAUGCCCUGCGGCACUUUGGUUCGGCCAUCACCUACAGGCAGAAUCUGGAGGGGAUUGUCUUCAAUACGGCCAUUGUAAUUGCCUUUCCGGAUCUGUUUACCAACAUUGAGGAUCUGUCGCUGCGGCAUAUCGACACCAUAUCGAAGGUCAAUCAUCGACUGAUGGUGGAGCUCGCCAAUCGCUUGAAUAUGAGUUACAACACCUAUCAGACCGUCAACUAUGGCUGGCGACAGGCGAAUGGCUCCUUUGAUGGUCUCAUGGGUCGCUUUCAGCGCUACGAACUGGACUUUGCCCAGCUGGCGAUCUUCAUGCGCUUGGAUCGGAUCGCUCUGUGCGAUUUUGUUGCGGAAACGUAUCGGGUGCGGGCUGGCAUUAUGUUCCGACAGCCACCAUUGUCCGCUGUGGCAAAUAUCUUUGCCAUGCCCUUCGAGAACGAUGUGUGGGCGUCCAUACUGUUUCUGCUGAUCAUAACGACAGUGGUGCUGGUGCUGGAGCUGCUCUUCUCGCCGCACACCCACGACAUGGCCUACAUGGACACGCUGAACUUUGUCUGGGGUGCCAUGUGCCAGCAGGGCUUCUAUGUGGAGGUGCGCAAUCGCUCGGCCAGGAUCAUUGUGUUCACCACCUUUGUGGCGGCUCUCUUUCUGUUCACCUCGUUCUCUGCCAACAUUGUGGCCCUGCUGCAGAGUCCCUCGGAUUCCAUCAAAUCGCUGGCCGAUCUCGGACAGUCCCCACUGGAGAUCGGCGUGCAGGACACUCAGUAUAACAAGAUCUACUUCACAGAGUCCACGGAUCCGGUGACCAAGAAUCUCUACCACAAGAAGAUCGCCUCCAAGGGCGAUCAUGUUUAUAUGCGUCCCAUUUUAGGCAUGGAAAAGAUGCGCACGGGCCUCUUUGCCUAUCAGGUGGAGCUGCAGGCGGGCUAUCAAAUUGUCAGCGAUACAUUCAGUGAGCCGGAGAAGUGUGGCCUAAUGGAGCUGGAGCCGUUCCAGCUGCCCAUGCUGGCCAUUCCCACAAGGAAGAAUUUCCCCUACAAAGAACUCAUCCGCAGGCAAUUGCGCUGGCAGCGUGAGGUGAGCCUGGUGAAUCGCGAGGACCGCAAGUGGAUACCGCAGAAGCCGAAAUGUGAGGGCGGCAUGGGUGGCUUUGUGUCCAUUGGCCUCACCGAAUGUCGCUAUGCCCUGGGCAUCUUUGGCUGUGGCGCAGCGGCCAGCUUUGGUGUUUUUCUCUGGGAGUUCAUCUUGAAGCACUUUAGGGGCGUCUUUCGGAUGCGGCACUAGGCUGCCACACACAGAGUCAUUUAUUUAGAAAGUGAAAAUUAAAGUUAUGUUGGUAUGGA